CAGAGGAGUGAGUUCUGGAACUCUCCUCCGGCUCUAGUUCUUCCUGCGGUCAUCGCCUCUCACUCCGCCACCACUGACUGACCUGCAGCACCGGCAAGCAGAAGCUGUUUGUAGCGGUACCUGCCCAAUCCUCCAUCCCCGGUUCCUCUGCUGCAUCGGCUGCCACCAUGUGUGACUGUUUCCACCUGGCGUUCCCCAACUGGCACGCUGCCCCUUCUGGGACGGCAGGGAGAAGACUGCGAGCGCCAGAACCUGCCACACAGGACGAUUCAAUAUGUGAAGAGCCGACUCAGUUUGCAGAGGGGGAGAGACCCCGGCCACAAGGAUCAUCUCCGGUCCAGGAGUAUCCUGAGGCGGCAAAAUACGCUGACAAAGAGUGCGGAGAACAUGAUGCAGACCACAAAGCUGGGAGUGGACACAAAGGUAAAAAGUCUGGCCUCGGUUCCAUCUUCGAGAGGACCUCCACUCCAAAAAUGAGUAAAUUAAAGGAAGCUCCCAGUCCUGAAGGUGGCGUUAUAGUCAACACAGCCCAAGAUGGAUGUGCAGAGGGUUUGGUUUAUGGCGGAGGAGGGAAAGAGGGAAUCUUCAUCAAGAAAGUAGUUCCAGAGUCACCAGCUUCAAAAAGCUUAAAAGUCAAAGAAGGAGAUCAGAUUCUGAGCGCCACAGUGUAUUUUGACAACAUGUCAUAUGAGGACGCCAUUCAGAUUCUGGAGCAUGCUCAGGCUUACAAGUUGAAGCUCUGCCUAAAACGCCAACCGGACUUCCCAGAGACGGAACCAACCAUCGAUUCAGACGUUAUUCCUGAGGAGGACAUCGGUUCCACAGAGAUGAGGGAGAAAGGAAAAACCAGAAGACGUGGCGACGCUCGCAUCUCGUGGCCAAAGUUUCCCUCCUUUGGAAAAGGACGUAAAUCUCGUUUCACAAGGUCUCACAGUUCGUCAGAAGCAGAUGAGCAGAGAAAACUUGAGCUUAGUCCUACGACAAGUGACACAGAGUCACCUAUAAAAUCUCAGGAUGGAAAGAAGAAGAAGCAUAAAAUAAAGCUCUCUGGCCUAACGAGAAGAGGCCGCAUAAGUUCAUCUGAAGACCAGGACACGGACGCUCCAACAUCUGGGCAGAUGAGUAGUGACGUUCAGCAAAAGCAGGAAUCAGACACACUUUCACCCGAGUUCCCUGAAUACCCCAUAGCAGAAAAACCAGAGAUCAAUGAACAGGCAGGGGAAGCUAUGGAGUCUGACCCGGUUCAACAGAAGGUGGAACUCGUCAGUGUAGAUGGUACUUUGAAAACCACCGUAGCGCUGGGCGAUCAUGAAAGCCAGUCUGGAACUCCAAAAUCCCCAGACGAGAAAAAAAAGAGGAAAGAGAAGUCAGAAAUAAAAAUGAAGAUCCUAGGGAAGGACAAGUCGCACAAAAAAGACACAAAAGCAAAAUCCUCUCCCAAAAGGCUCAAGACUCUCGGAGCAAGUAUUGACACGGAAGAUCUUCCAGAAGCAGGAAAAUCUGCUGCUAUCUCAAGCUCCGAGUCAAAAACCAAAUUGAUGGGAGAUCAGUCUUUGGUCGGCGUAGAUAACAAAAGCCAAGGUGGAGAGAGUUCAAAGCUAGUCUCAUCCAAAUUCAUUACAUCGCAGAUAAUUUUACCAAAGGUGGAACUUGACAUAUCGGUGAGAAAAUCUCCCAAGAAAGGCGAUGACAAAACACAGAAAGGAAAGGAGACGAAACAGAAGCAAUCCAAAAAGUCCAGUCCAAAACAUAAGCAACCUGAAUUAGACAUGAGCAAUGUUGCUAAUGCAGAAGAAAUGCAAAAGGUGAACGAUCAAGAACACACAACUAUAACUGGCCGUGUUUCCACAACACAACUUCCCAAACGUGAAGACAUUGAGAUUCCAGGAAUGGAGGACAUGUCUGUGAAAACCACCGUGGCUGAUUCCAAAAAGCGCAACAAAGAAAGCCUAGCUGAAACAGUGCAAAUGUCAAUUGAUGUUAAUAGUGUGAAAGAAGCUGUUUCGAAAUUACCUGGAUUUAAGCUGCCUCAACUGGAUAUAUCUGGGGUGCCUAUCCCAGAAGAAAUAACUGUCAUAGAUGCUAACGCACAAAGAAUAUCUGUAAAAACACCCACCAAAGUCCCAAAACCAAAACAAGAAGAACAUCUGACAAGGUCUGACACAACGGCAUCUUCAGAAAUCUCCAAAACAAUCUUUCUGACUGACAACAAGUUUGAUUUUAAGAAAUCUCAAAUGGAGGACAGUACCAGCCCAACAAAGUGCAAAAGUGGAGAGGAAACUAAAGAAAAUGAAUUUGAUACAACAAAUGGAAAAGCAGCAACAAAAGAAGAGCUGAAGACAUCCACUAGGCCAAAGAUAACAAUGCCAAGCUUUGGGAUGUCAGCAAAAAGCAGAAGACUGCCUUAUAUUGGGAUUGACAAGCAGAAACCAAGCUUCAUUCAGGAAAAAGAGCUAACAACAGAAACAAGGAAAGAUGAAAGACAAACUGAAGGAGUCCUAUGUAAAGUCAAAAUACCUGAACUUGAUGGUAUUGAGUACAUUGACUCAACAGACGAGUCAGUCAAAAAGGAUGGUGACUUGACAAGUUUUAAUGUAAGUACUGACACGAAGACAAUACUUGCUAUUUCUUUAGAAAGUAAAGAAACAUCUGACAAACCCGAAGAUGAAAGGAAUAAGCUGUCCAAAAUUAGAAUAUCUCCUUCGGGCAAACCCAGUGGAAAAGAGGAUAUCUCUGACGAAGGGAUGACAAAACCUCUAGACAGAGAUGGAAAGAGUACAUUUAAAUGGCCAAACCUUGACAUCCCAGUGCCAAAACUAAAAGGAACAACAGUUGAUAUUAACAUAUCUAGGAAAGACACAUCUUACACAGAAGCCCUGGCUGAAGGAGGGCUAAUCCCAGGAGGCCCAGAGAGCGAUACAGUCCUCAAGAGCUCAGAUGUUCCUAAAGAAAUGGCACAGGCAGAAAAACCUCAAGUGGAAAUAAAGCCAACUGAAACCGAAGGCGAGUUUGAUUGGGAAGCAAGCAAAUUUACAAAGUUUGGAAUUAAAACACCAAAAAUCAAAGGCCCAGAAUUUGACUUGAGUUUGUCAAAGAAAGAGGCACAGGGCAAAGCUGCAGGUAAACUCCCAGAAGCAUCUAAAGCAGAAGUUACUCCUGGAAAGGGAAAUGUUUAUUUUCUAAAGCAAAAGAUGCAGUUAGAAAAACCUGGAGAAGUUAAACCUUUGCAGUCCAAGGGUGAACACGUACAAGGAGGCAAAAUCAAAAUCCCAAAGUUUGGAGUCAAAACAAUAAAAUUAGCAGGUCCUGAGAUAAGCUUGUCAAAGAAAGAUGUAGAGGUUACCCUGCCAGAGGCUAAACCUGAGAUCAAACCCACUGAAGGUUCAGGAACAGAUGUGAACAAAGAUAGUGUUAGGCCAGAAGAACAGAAAGGAAGAGAAAAGUCUGAUCUGAAAAUCAAAACAGUACAUAAAGAAGGUGAAGCAAAAGGACACGGACACAAGAUCAAAAUGCCCCAGUUGGGAAUUGCACUGCCAAAAGUUACAACGCACGAGUCGGAUUUAAGCCUAUCAAAGAAAGGUAAAGAUCUGACACUGCCUGAAGUUAAAGGAGAAAUCAAAGAUCUUGAGGUUGAAGGAACUGGAUCAUCAACAAAACUAGAUGUUAGAGCUCCUGGAAUUAAAGUUGAAACAAAGGAUGUUGAAGGAUCGUCGUCAAAAUUCAAAAUGUCCCCUUUUAAAAUUUCCAGAUUUGGAGCUGCUACUCCAAACCUCAGUGGUGAAGUAAGUGAAGCUUCUGAAACACACACAUUGGAAGUUGGGCCUGGUAUUGAUGCUACCAUACCAGACAGUGAUGUAAAAAUUAAAGCAUCUGAAAUUGAUGGAAGAGCAAGUAAGUUUAAAAUUCCAAAAUUUGGAAUAUCACUCCCAAAACUGAAAGGUUCUGAAACAGAUACAACCCAAUUCCAAAAGGUUGAUGUAGAUGUCACAUUGUUUAAAGGUGACACUGAAAUAAAACUCAUUGAUGCUGAGCAUGAAGAACGUGGUAUCAGGCUGAAGGGCAAAUUUCCCCAGACUGGAGUUCAGCAAGAUGUUGAGUACUCAGCAUCAAAACCUGAAAUACCACUACCAUUUUCUGAUGCCAAAGCAGAAGUCAAGCUGUCGCAAGUUGAUGGAGAAAAAAAUCAAUGUUUCAUCCCGACCAUGGAAGCUGAGAAUCACCUUGCUGGACAAGAAGAAAAGAUGAAGCUGUCAAAGAUUGGAAUAAAAAUGCCCAAAAUUAAGGGACCAGAAUUUCAACUUGGACUCUCAAGUAAAGACACAGAUGUCAUGGAGGCAGAAGGCAAAGCGGACAAUAAAACUAAGGUAGAAGUCCCAGUUCCUACAGCAGAUGUUAGUCUGGGAAAAGCAGAAAUCUUGAUAUCUUCUGGAGAAGUGGAAGUUGGAAAACCAGAAGUGCAAACUCAACCUACAAUUGAAGGACAAGGAGGCAAGUUCAAAAUGCCAAAGUUUGGAAUCACAAUGCCAAAAGUCAAAGGACCUGAAGCAAAGAAGUACGUAGAGGUGAAACGUACUGAGACCAAGACUGACAUACAAAUGCCUGAUGCUAAUUUUGAGGCACCAGAUGUGGAACAGUCACCAUCAAAAUUUAAUAUGCCAACUUUUAAAUUACCAAAAUUAGGACUGGGCACUUCAGACAAAAAUGUAGAAGGAGAUGACAUUGAUAAGGACAUUCCUGAUGAGGUUCUUGCAGUUACCGUUGUUGCACCUAGCUCUGACCUCUCAAAUAUUGAUGUCGAUACACAUCUUCUUGAAAGUACAACUGAAGUUGCACUUCUGAGUGAUGAUGUGAACAAAUACUCCAUUGAAAUGGAAGCUACAGCUCCACAGAUCAAAGUGUCAAAAAAAGGGUCACCAUCCAAGUUUAAGAUGCCGACAUUCAAGUUACCAAAAUUUGGGCUUUCUGUUCAAAGUUCUACUGAAGAAGAGCCUCCUCUGGACAAAGAUCUCAAAACAGGAGAAGGCCAAAUGACCACUUCUGGAGAGAUUCUCGUAGGAAAUAUAGAAGCACCAAGAAUUGACGUUAAGGCUCCAUCAGUAGCUUUAAAAACUACAGGAACUGAGAGUGAAGGAAGAGGAAGAAAGUUUAAACUGCCAAGUCUUGGUUUUUCGGCAUCACAAACCAAAGGUCCUGAUACUGACAUUAGCUUACCAACAACAGAUGUUGACAUAACCUUACCCACAACAGAUGUUGAUGUUACAGCACCAGAUGUCAAAACAGAAAUUAAACUCCCUGAAGAAAAGUUUAGCAAAUCUUUUGAAGUGGAAGCUAAAGCUCCAGAAUUUAAAGGUACAAGACAGGAAACAGAGGGGUCACCAUCCAAGUUCAAGAUGCCGACAUUCAAGAUGCCAAAAUUUGGACUUUCUGUUCAGAGUUCCACUGCAGAACUGCCUCCUUUGGACAAAGAUCUCAAAACAGGAGAAGGUCAAAUUACCACUUCUGGAGAAAUUAUCGUAGGAAGUCUAGAAGCACCAAGAAUUGACGUUAAGGCUCCAUCAGUAGCUCUAAAAACUACAGAAACUGAGAGUGAAGGAAGAGGAAGAAAGUUUAAACUGCAGAGUCUUGGUUUUUCGGCAUCGCAAACCAAAGGUCCUGAUACUGACAUAACCUUACCAACAACAGAAGUUGACAUAACCUUACCAACAACAGAAGUUGACAUAACCUUACCAACAAGAGAUGUUGAUGUUACAGCACCAGAAGUCAAAGCAGAAAUCAAACUCCCUGAAGAAAAGUUUAGCAAAUCUUUUGAAGUGGAAGCUAUAGCUCCACAAUUUAAAGGUACAAGAAAGGAAACAGAGGGGUCACCAUCCAGGUUUAAGAUGCCGACAUUCAAGAUGCCAAAAUUUGGGCUUUCCGUUCAGAGUUCCACAGCAGAACUGCCUCCUUUGGACAAAGAUCUCAAAACUGCAGAAGGUGAAAUUGCCUCUUCUGGAGAAAUUAUCAUAGGAAGUCUAGAAGCACCAAGAAUUGAUGUUAAGGCUCCAUUAGUAGCUCUAAAAACUACAGAAACUGAGAGUGAAGAAAGUGGAAGAAAGUUUAAACUGCCGAGUCUUGGUUUUUCGGCAUCACAAACCAAAGGUCCUGAUACUGACAUAACCUUACCAACAACAGAAGUUGACAUAACCUUACCAACAACAGAUGUUGAUGUUACAGCACCAGAAGUCAAAGCAGAAAUCAAACUCCCUGAAGAAAAGUUUAACAAAUCUUUUGAAGUGGAAGCUAAAGCUCCAGAAUUUAAAGGUACAAGAAAGGAAACAGAGGGGUCACCAUCCAAGUUUAAGAUGCCGACAUUCAAGAUGCCAAAAUUUGGGCUUUCUGUUCAGAGUUCCACCGCAGAACUGCCUCCUUUGGACAAAGAUCUCAAGAUAACUGGAGGGGAAAUGACAAUGUCAGAGGAGGUCAUUGUAGUUAGCACAGAAGGACCAAGUGUAGAAAUUGGGGAUUUAUCCAUAGAGUCAAAAAAAGAGGGAAGUGAACGUGAAGGAAAAGGAAAAAGGUUUAAGUUGCCAAGUCUUGGAUUUUCUGCUACACAGGCCAAAGUGCCAGACACCGAUUUAAAUUUGAAGACAGGUGUAGAUGUUACACAACCAGAACUGAAAGCGGAAGUCAAAUUUCCUGAUGAUGAACUGAAAAGAAUAGAAACAGAAAUAGGAACUAAAGGACCCGAAUUUCAAGUCGAAGCAAAGGACAUUGAAGGAUCGACAUCCAAGUUUAAAAUGCCAACUUUUAAAUUACCCAAAUUUGGGCUUGCCACUCAAAGUUCCACUGAAGAAGUACCCUCUUUUGACAAAGAUGUCAAAAUCGGUGGAGGUGAAACCACAGGCUUAGAGGAGGUACUUACAGUUACCACAGAAGGACCAAGCAUUGGAAUUAAGGGGACAUCAGUAGAUUUAAACACUGAAGGAAGUGAUCUUGAAGGAAAAGGAAAGAAGUUCAAACUGCCAAGUCUGAGUUUUUCAGUACCUCAAACCAAAGAGCUAGAGACUGAUUUGAGCUUAAGGACAGAUGUAGAUGUUAAAGUACCAGAGGUAAAAGCUGAAGUCAAACUUCCAAGUAACAAAUCUUCUGUUGAAGUGGAAACUAAAGCACUUGAAACCAAAGAUACAAAAAAGACUACAGAAGGAUCACCCUCCAAAUUUAAAAUGCCAAAUUUCAAGUUACCAAAAUUUGGGCUUGCUACUCAAACUUCCACUGGAGAAGUACCUCCAUUAGACAAAGAUGUAAAACCAGUAGAAGGUAAAAUCACAACUUCAGAAGAGGUUAUUGUAGUUACCACAGAAGCACCAACCAUUGAAAUUAAGGGCCCAUUAUUAGAGCUAAAAACUGAAGGAAUUGAUUGUGAAGAACAAGGAAAAAAGUUUAAGUUGCCAAGUCUAGGUUUUUCUGUGUCAGAGGCCAAAGGGACUGGCAGUGAUUUAGGAUCGUCAAAGACAGAAGUAGAUGUUACAUUGCCAGAUGUAAAGGCUGAAGUCGAACUCCCUGAUGACGAGAAUCUGAUAAAAACAUCUGCAAUAGAAAUUAAAGGACCUGAAAUCAAAACAGUGACCAAGGACACUGAUGGUUCACCAUCCAAAUUUAAAAUGCCUGCAUUCAAGUUACCAAAAUUUGGGCUUACUUCUCAAAGCUCUACGGAAGAAGGUUCUGCUUUGGAGAAAGACGAGGAAGAUGGUGAACCUGAAAACACUGCCACUGCAAUAGAAACUAAGGCACCUGAAAUAACGGUUGUGUCAAAGGACACUGAUGGAUCGCCAUCCAAAUUUAAAAUGCCAACAUUCAAGUUGCCAAAAUUUAGCCUUGCUACCCAAAGUUCAAACAAACAAGUGCAAGAUGUCAAAACAGUGAGAGGUGAAAGUACUACUUUGGAGGAAGUUCUCACAGUUACAACAGAAGAACCAAGCAUUAAAAUUAAGGGUCCAUCUGUAGAUCUAAGGAGUUCAGAAACUGAUGAUGAAAGAAAAGGAAGUAAAUUUAAACUUCCAAGUCUUGGUUUUUCAUUAUCACAAUCCAAAGAACCGGAUACCAACAUCAGCUUACCCAAGGCAGAUUUAGAUGUCAGAGCACCAGAAGUCAAAGCUGAAGUUCAAUUUUCCAGUGCAAAAGUGGAACAACCUUCAGUGCAAAUGGACGUUAAGUCUCCAGAGAUCAAAGCUGAUAUCAACACUAAAUCAGAAGUUAAAAUGCCUAAAAUGACCUUACCUAAAUUUGAAGCCGUUACCCCACAUGUCAGUAUGGAAAUACCUAAAAUGACCAAAGAAAAAAGGGUUGACGUGGACCUUCAUGUUGAUACUGAUCCAGUAGAUUUGAAUGUUAAAGAAUGGGAACUAAAGAAGUACGAAGUCCAGUUGCCAAGUGCUGAGGCAAAAGGCGAAGAUGUACCUACAGUUGAACUUGAAGGUAAAGUAAAACGGCUAAAUUGGACUUUUCCUAGCAUCUCAUUUUCAAGAACUGGUGGUAAAGCCCCUGACGUCGAUGUCAACAUGGAAACUCCAAAAGCUGGUGUUACGUCAAUGGAGACCAAAAUCUCAGAUAUUGACAUUAAAGAAUCUUCAAUGGUCCCUGCAGUAGAAGCAACCCCCGCUCCAGAAAUUGACCCAGGCUUAAAGAAAAGUAAGUUUUCACUUCCCAGGUUUUCAUUUUCAAAGCCGAGCUUGAAAGAGCCUGAAGUAAAAGCUGAGCUUCCAGAUCACGGAAUAGAAGUCGAAAAUUAUGAAACCAAUAUGACAACAGAGAUCAAACUCUCUGCAGAUGAAGACAAAAAUGUCCUUACUACUUUUGAAAUGACAACUUCUGAGGCUGAAAUCAAGUCCAAAAAAUUUAAAAUGCCAACUCUGAAAAUGCCAAGAUUUGGCAGUACGUCUUAUGAGGUAACAACAGAGACGCACAUAUCAGAUAAAACAGCUGAAGAUGAUGAAAAUCAGCUGGGAGAGGGUGCUGCUGUUAUCAACAAAGGUCCAAAUAUUGAUUUGGAUGCCCUCAAAUCAGAACAGGAUCAAGAAACCCUAAACAAAGAAAGUGAUAGUGCGGUUCAAGGAUCUCCAAGUAAAUUCAAACUACCUACCUUUAAAAUACCACGGCUGGGUCUUUCAAGAUCCAAACCUGAAGAUGAAUCUGUUCACUUUGAGUAUGAAAAUAAUGAAGAUCAACUGGAAAUGAAGACUGCACUAAAAGAAGAAAAUCUAUCACCAAAACUGACUUUAACAUCAUUUGGUGACGCUCUUAAGUCGAUUGAUGUUGAUGUUGACGUUCGGAAAGUGGACAAAGUUGAUCAAAUCUCUCAUGAACCAGGUGAAGCCACCACAAUGCACACAAAAACCAAGCACGAUGCCACCAAAAGUCCGGAGAGCUCGAGCUGGUUUAAAUUCCCGAAGUUUGGCCUGUCUUCCCCAACAGAACAACAAAAGAUUCCUGACAAAGCAGAACAAGUGAAAGACAGCAGCCCCGUAGGGGAAACCAAGGACGAGGAAGUAAGUCCCACCCUUUCUGUCCAGUCAUCAGAUGCUUUUGCUGAUGUAAGCUCUACGAUCACAAGUGAGCCUGUUGGCCCAUUCAUACCUUCCCCAACCAAGGUGACGGUCAAAUACUCUGACGAAAGUGCAGGUGCUGGAUCUGAAGAGAUGCACAGUGACAUCAUGUCUUCCACCACAAGGACUGAGCUGAUCACAGAUGUGCCCUCCUUGCCGGAGAAGAUCACUAUUUUGUCUUCUGGUGUUUCAUCUUCUUCUGAAGAUACAGUAAGACUAUCGUCGGGAAAAAUACACAUCAUUACAUCAAACGUACAGCCUACUCCUGAGUCACAGCAUGCCAAGAUUCUGUCUGCUGUCCAAGUCCAAUCAGGGGAAGGCUUUGCUUUACAGUCAGAGGGAGAUGGAGCUCCAUCGUGGACGGUCCAAGAUGCUCGAAGUGCCACCAGGACAGUUAAACACUUAGUCCAAGAAACAACAACUGAAAGAAGUGAGAACAAGGAGACUGUGGUUAUAACCAAACAAAUCACCCAUAUAUUUGGCCCCACAGAGCCCAUAUCAGGGGAGACAGCGUCAUCUAUUCAACGUCUCAGAGACUCUGUGCACACUGAGAAAAUGAGGUUCUUUGAUGAGGCUGAGAAGUGAAAAAAGAAUUUGAAUUUGUGCUUAAAGAUACAACUCCUUGUUAUGGUUCGCCAUGAAAGAAGGCCAUAGAGUUUCACCGCUGGAAGUUAAAAACAAAAUGGCAACUGGAUGAGGGACCAAUCUAACAUACCAAUCACUGAAAGUUCUUUGAUAGCAUCCAGAUAUCACCAUGGCAAUGUGAUGUGGAGUUGCAUGCUUUUUGAGCUUUAUAGAAAUGCACCGCUGUAGCAAAUGACUGUUACAUUUAUAUUGUGGUCAAGAUGUUAAUAAGCUGGUUAAAUGAUUCUCCUCAGUGCGUAAAAUAUGUUUGCUUUGUAGUAAACAAUGUUUGAUUUAUGCUAGCAUACACAGUGCCUUGCAAAAGUAUUGAUACCCCAAACAUCAUCACAUUUCAUCACAUUACAACUACAGCAUUCAUGAAGUUUCAUGGGGAUUUUGGAUCCCAAAACGGUGGGAAAACAAUGCAUGGUAUUUAAAGAAGGUGAACAUUACCAAUAUUCUUAAAGAAAAAUCUGGAAAAUGUGAUAUGUGUGUUAACACACACCCCUCACUAAGUUCUCAAUAGAUACUAGAAUUACUUUUGGCUGCAAAUCCCAAGGGUGCAUUUCUGGAGGCUUUGUAUAUCUAGACAUAGGGAACUUUUCACAUUGUUCUGUGAACCUUAACCUUUAACCCUUGCCACAAAUUCUUAAUUGGACUGUCCUCCCUGAAGAAUAGCAUCCCCACAGCAUGAUUCUUCUAGCACCAGUAAAGGGGCAGUAUAAUGUAUAAUAAACUUUUUUGAGCUUUACAUCACGUUAUAAUGUUAUCCCUCAUCAAAAAACCUGCCUUGAGUGUUGGCUUGACAAGUUAAGCUCCAUGGCAACCCCUCCUGGGGGAAACUAGUGCCACAUUUAAGAUGCAGCUCCUCCUAUGAGAUCAGCUCCUUCAGACUAGUCAGCAGCAAUUAGCAAACACCUGGUGGAACUGCACAUCUGCUGAGCUCAUAAUAGUAGCUCCUUCUCAGUGAAACACUGGUAAACAACAAAAAAAAGAAA